AUGAAAAUCAAACAACCCAAAACUACAACAAUUGCUCCUUAUUUCAAUGAGUUUAAUUUUGAAGAUGACCAUUCUGUACCUUCAUACGAAAACGAGUUACAAUUCUUGUUUGAUUAUGAAGCAAUCUUCGAGGAUUUCGGAAAAAAUACUCUGGCCUAUUAUCUGUUCCUGGGCAUUCUAGACAACGUCUACAAGUACGCCACAUAUUUCAGUUUCUGUGUUAACUUGUUCCAUUUAUUUAUUCUAACUCGUAAAGAAUUGCGGACCAACUUGGUUUACAUUGUUAUGAUCGGAAUCUGCCUAUGUGAUUUGGUCCAGUUAUUGGCUAAUAUUUUUCAAUACGUUCUGCUCUGGAAUAUUGUUUACAAAAUUGAUCAAUGUUAUGAUGGAUACAAAUAUUCGCAUGUUUUUGUCAAUUUGAUGGCUAAAACCACACAGAUUAUGAGCAGAAGAUGCUCGAGCGUUCUUGCUCUGUAUCUGGGUGGAAUUCGAACAUUUUCUAUCAUUUUUCCAUUGUGUACCCGAAUUUCAAGUUGGAUAAAACCAAUAUCUGGUGUUUGGGUUAUCCUAAUUACCAUUAUCAUUUGUAUUGCUUGGAGUGCAAUUUAUGCAUUUCAAGUAAAGUUCGAGAAAAUUCUAUAUUGUGAUGUUUACGAUCCAAAACCGAGAUACAUUCCGUAUAGAAUGGUAGAAAAAGAAAAUGGAAUAUUUCUUUAUUUAUUCAUUGAUGGAUGUAUGGCUAUGCUUAUCAGCUUGUGCUAUGUAGUAUUAGCAAUUGCAUUGGUGAUAGCAAUUAGAAAGGCUAAGAAAAGAAGCUCAUCUUUGAACAAUGAAAAGUCAUCGACCAACACUUCUGGUUUAAUCAUUAUGAUGGCUGCAACAGUCUUCAUUGCUGAAAUCUCAUAUGGAUCUUUAUACCUUCUGAUUUAUAACAUUUUCCUGGGUCAUGCAGAACAACACUUCUUGAAAAACUCUAAUGUAUUUGUGCAAACACUUUUCAUUUUCAAUUCCGCCACUCACUUCUUCAUAUGCUUCUUCUUGUCUUCUCAAUAUAGGAAUACUGUCAGAAAUUUGUUCUGGAGAAGGGAAAUCGCACAGAACUCAUUAAUUCCGGCUGGCAAUUCACCUUUCAGAGCAUCUUCCGGAAAUCCUAGAAACUCUGAACGAUCAUAUUAA